CCGCGCGUCACCGCAGCUUGCCGCAUCCACUAGAGCUCUCUGGACCAGCGCGGGUGCAGGGCCUCUGCAGGAGCUACCUAGACCUCUGCGGAGUCUCUGCUAACAUGGCCGACUCGGAGAACCAGGGGCCCGCGGAGCCCAGCCAGACGGCAGCGGCGGCCGAGGCGGCGGAGGAGGUAAUGGCCGAAGGUGGCGCGCAGGGGGGCGACUCUGAUGGUGCGGCUGGCGACUCGGAUGGCGCGGCGGCUCCGAUGGCCGAAGAGCCCCAGACCCCCGCCGAGAACCCACCAAAGCCGAAAAAUGACUUUAUCGAGAGCCUGCCUAAUUCGGUGAAAUGCCGAGUCCUGGCUCUCAAAAAGCUGCAGAAGCGAUGCGAUAAGAUAGAAGCCAAAUUUGAUAAGGAAUUUCAGGCUCUGGAGAAGAAGUAUAAUGACAUCUAUAAGCCCCUACUUGCCAAGAUUCAGGAGCUGACCGGAGAGAUGGAGGGAUGUGCAUGGACCUUGGAAGGGGAGGAGGAGGAGGAGGAAGAGUACGAGGAGGAGGAGGAAGGAGAAGCGGAGGAAGAAGAUGAGGCUGCCGCGGGGGCAUCCGCGCGCGCCAAAGAUGCGGGCGCCCACGAGAUGCCGGAUGACGCCAAGAAGUAAGAGGGGGCAGAGAUGGAGGAGCAAGCUGGCAGAGAAAACAGCUUUUUUUUUUUUUUUUGAGUUUGAUGGACUUAAAAAGGCUCAGGUUUUUGGACCAAAAUACAAUGUGAAUCUAUUCUGACAUUCCUAAAAUUGACUAAAUUGAAACAAUUAGAUCCUGGCCAGCCCAUUUCAAAUUUGACUUUCAUUUUGAACAUAGUAAAUAUAUCAAAAGGUGUGGAAGAAAACCAAAUUAAACAUAAAAUUAAUUUUUCAUGAUCUCUUCUGUGAGGACUCGAACUGAGGCUUGUACGGGGUGUCAACAGAUGGGGAGUAAAGAACGUCACUGUGAAACCCAUUCAUCACACAGCCAUCACACUACACACCAACACCCGAGCCAAGCCCUACUGCGUUCUCAAUGCGUCAUUCUUCAGUUUCUCUAGUCCUGACAUCUCCCGGAGCAGAGAAGCAGAGCUCAAGAAAAACGUCAUCUUUUAAGACUUUGCUUUGUAACCAGACAUCAAUCAGCUUUCUUCUUCAGGAAAGCAAUGACAUCGAGGAAGCCUGCGAUGGAGAUCAUGACUCUACUAUUAACGAGGCCAGGAAAACUGCCAUUUCUAAUUCUUAAAAAACGUUCUGAAUGUUUGAAUUUAGAGAAACAUGGUUCCAAGGAGAUUGUAAAACUUGUAUAAUAUCGUCAACACAUGUAUUCAUUAGUUAUGAUCUCAUGUUUAUGUGUUUUCUUGGCAGUGUCUAUUUACAAAGCGUAAAAAUGUUUAAGUAUUAAAUCACUUUACCUAGCAUCUUAGAAGCAUUAAUUUACUUGAAGAGAUGUAGAAUGUAGCAAAUUACGUAAAGCAUGUGUAUCCAGUGUUAUGUAGUUUGAUCCUUGUGAAGUCUGUAUGUCUUGUAGCUUUUAGGGUGUAGCUGUGAAAAUCAUCAGAACUCUUCAAUGAAGCUAACAUGUUUGGAAAAAUUAUAUACUUGAAGAACCAAUCCAAGUGUGUGCCCCUACCCCCAGCUCAGAAGUAGAAAGGGUUUAAGUUUGCUUGUAUUAGCUGUGCCUUCAUUAUUUUGCUAUGUAAAUGUGACAUAUUAAAUAUAAAAUGGUGCAUAAUUAAAUUUUACUGCUUGAGGACAGACUGGCAUACAGGAAGGAUUUUUAGAAAGAAUAUAUCUAAUGUAAAGACUCUUAGCUUCUUUGUGGGUUUUGAAUUAUGUGUGUGCCAGUGAUCUAUAAAAAGCAUAAGCAUAAAGUUGUUUACCACUGUGGUGUUAAUAAAAAAAUAUUUUGAAAAAA